GGGGCGGCCCCGCGCGCGCCGCAGCGGCCCGCAGACGGCGAGGGGGAGGGGUGGUGCGCGCGCCGGCGGGGCCGCGCGGGGAGAAAGACACUGGAAGGCAACCGGGCGGGGAGAGGCGCGCGCGGGCCGCGGCUGAGCAGGAGGCUACUAGGAGAGCCCGCGGGGGUCCGGGGGUGCGAUUCCUCCGCCCCCGCAAAACAAUGUGUAGCGUGCAGCGGGGCGCAACUUGCGGGAGGCGGCGGGGACGCGCCGAACCCGCCUGAGACCGAGCCGCUGACCUCCCCCCGCCGUCCGUUGGGCCCGAGCGCCUUGCUCCCCAGCUCUCGGGGGCCGGGCCGAGCUACGGGGCGGGGCCGCCCCUCCGUCGCUGCUGCCUCCUCCCCCACCCCCAGCCGCGGAGGAUGCGGACGGCCCCCGGCGGCGUCUAGCGGCCCCGGGCCCAGGCGCGAUGGUGCAGCAGCGGGGCACGCGGGCCAAGCGGGACGGCGGGCCGCCGCCCCCGGGGCCGGGGCCGGCCGAGGAGGGGGCGCGUGAGCCCGGCUGGUGCAAGACCCCGAGCGGCCACAUUAAGAGACCGAUGAACGCGUUCAUGGUGUGGUCACAGCACGAACGGCGAAAGAUCAUGGACCAGUGGCCCGACAUGCACAACGCCGAGAUCUCCAAGCGCCUGGGCCGCCGCUGGCAGCUGCUGCAGGACUCGGAGAAGAUCCCGUUCGUGCGGGAGGCGGAGCGGCUGCGCCUCAAGCACAUGGCGGAUUACCCGGACUACAAGUACCGGCCGCGCAAAAAGAGCAAGGGGGCGCCAGCCAAGGCGCGGCCCCGCCCCCCCGGCGGUGGCGGCGGCGGUGGCAGCCGGCUCAAGCCUGGGUCGCAGCUGCCUAGCCGCGGGGGCCGCCGAGCGGCAGGAGGGCCUUUGGGGGGCAGCGCGGCGGCUCCCGAGGACGACGAUGAGGACGACGACGAGGAGCUGCUAGAAGUGCGCCUAGUCGAGACCCCCGGGCGGGAGCUGUGGAAGAUGGUCCCGGCAGGGCGGGCUGCCCGGGGACCAGCGGAGCGCGCUCAGGGGCCGUCGGGCGAGGGAGCGGCUGUCACCACUGCCUCCCCUACUCCGUCGGAGGACGAGGAGCCUGAGGAAGAGGAGGAGGAGGCAGCAGCGGUGGAGGAAGGCGAAGAGGAGACGGUGGCGUCGGGAGAGGAGCCGCUGGGCUUUCUAUCCAAACUGCCCCCGGGCCCAGCCGGCCUGGACUGCAGCGCCCUGGACCGCGACCCUGACCUGCAGCCUCCGUCAGGCACGUCGCACUUCGAGUUCCCGGACUACUGCACCCCAGAGGUUACCGAGAUGAUCGCGGGGGACUGGCGCCCGUCUAGCAUCGCCGACCUGGUUUUCACCUACUGAGCCCACCGUCAGCGGGGCGCGCAAGCCCCCAAACCAGCUGUUUACAUACAGGAAUCAGGUAUUGGGGCCCCUCGGAGGCCGAGGCUGGCACCCCAUCUCCCACGCAGCCUCCCCCCUCCUAGACGUGCCCAUCCCCCCUCGAAUCCAGACAUGCCCCUCCCCCGCAGACACACCCCAAGGCAGCCCAACCCCCACCCUUUCCCUGACAUCCAAGCUCCUCCCUGUCCUGCCCCCUUCUGCACAGCCACCAGCAGCCAGCCCCCCUCCGGUACACCUCCCGUCCUUUCCUACAGACCUGUGCCCCUCCCCCACUAUGCACUUGCCCCUCCUCGAGGCCGGAGGACACGCCCCUGCCCUUGCUCCGGAAUCCCUCCGCCUUUGCCUAGCCCCCCUCCUCUCUCGUUUAAGGGGGCGCUGGGGCCCGGAGGCCCCGCGCACUCCUCCCAGGCCCCUCCCCCCCAAACGGGGGGAGGGGAGGGGCGCGCUUCUUUUACUCUGGGAACGCAGGGACCCGCCCCCUUUUUGCGCAUGCUUAAUGCUUCUUGGGAGGAGGGGGCUGGUCCCUCUGGCCAGCACUGGGCAGAAGUGGGGUGGGUACAGAGCUAUCCUGAGAAAUAUUUUGAUCCGGGAGCUGCGGCUUCCUUUCAACCCGACGGGGCGUCACUGCCUUAAUGGGAGGAGCACUCAAAAGGGGGAGAAAGGGACUAACUAGCCGGUCCGGAAGGGUUGGUUUGGAACUUGAAAAUGUCCCAAGUGGCGUAACCUCCUUUCACUUAAUGGGGUCGCGCAGACCCACCGGUACCCCCCACACACACACACCAACUACCUGAAUGCCUCUGCGGCCUAUCUUGGUCCCCAGAAACCUCUCUUUCAUUCCUCACCCUGGGAAUUGGGGGUAGGGUCUUUCUCUGGAAAUUCACCAUGAGAGGAAGGGAUGACCAAAAAACUCAGAACUGAGACACGUAACAGUGUGUUUGGGGGACAGUGUUCUGCCGCUUCCCCCCUCCCCCGGAAGUGCCCUGUCAGUUCAGGGCACACUCUCGAGCCUGGGCUCCUGAAGCCCACAACCUCUUCCUAUCACUCAAGCCUCCCUGUGCCCCCAGUGAUAGUAUUCAGUGGGAGAAGCGGCGCACGUUGUUACUAGGGGCUUGAGACUGAAGCACGAUAGCAGAUGGAGUGUCAAGAAGAGCCUCAUUUUUAAGAGCCUUGUUUUUGAGCAGCUGACUUGAGACCAUCGAUUGGACCAGUGAGACUGAAAGGCUGUCAGAGCAGUGGAGGUGUGCCCUGCGCCUAUUUUUCCACGUGAAAAAAUAGGGAUAGCGAUGUUGUAGGAGGAAGCUGUGUCCAGUUCGGGGUGCCUUAGGGACCCUGCCCCUGAUGUUACCCCUCUAACUCCCAAUUCCCCGCUCAGGCCCCGCCCCUCCGGCCUCCCCCACCCCCACCUCCCUUGCCCUCACUACCUGUAUCUCACCGGCGUGUGUUCACCCCCCCGGGUGUGCACACACUCUCAUUCACACACACAAAUCUCAGGAACAAACGGUCCCAGAGUCCUCCGGGACCCCUGCCCAGGGUCUCUGCUGGCCUCUGCCCCACGCGUUCCCAUCGCUGACAAAGCCACCAGCUGCCUCCUUUACGCUUGGUGCUCCGGCUCUGGGCCUUUCUUGCGCUCUUUCUCUCUCUCUCUCUUUCUCUUUCUCUCUCUUUUUUAAGUAAAACAACAACAAAAAGACAAUGAAAAAAACCCCAGAAAACGUCAUGUGAGUGAAGAGAUGUCAUUGUCUGUGGUCUUGAAGAACUAGUCUAGUAGCUGAGGGGAGGGAUCCCUCCCAUCUGGGGCACUGGCACCCACAGCAGGACUUCCGCCAGUCUGAUGCCAGGACUGAAUAAAGUGUAUUUGCCCCUACCUCGCCCUGUGGUUCUACAUGUCUGUGCCUUUCCUCAACCCUUCCCAAACAGUUUGCCAGGUUCAAGUCUCUUGAUUUAGCGCUGUACAGGAAGAGCUGGGAAUUCCAGGACGAGGCACCUGGCUCCUCCAGGCCUCUGCCUCCCUCUAUCUCAGGACUCCCUGGUCUUCACUGAGGGUGCCAAGCUCAUUCCUGCAGGGGCCAGGCAGGUAGCAUAAAUGAAUGAGAGUCUGGGUGGACACUGGCUUCAUGACCCACUUCAAGGUAGGGACAACUGCUCACCUCCUGCCAGUUGUGACCCUGUGGGAUUGUCACCCACAGUGUCCAAGUGGCUAGGUUUUUUAAGAGAAAGUGGAAUCUGGGUAUUUCUGAACAUCUCCAUGUCAAAAUGAAAGCUGACUUUUGAAUCUUUGUGAACCAAAUGAAAUGUAUAGGCAUACCUGGGUGGGGGGGCGGUUUGACCCUUAUCUUAAUGAGAAGUGAAAUGUAGGGUUGGGCCACAUUGUCUGGGCUCCAAGCCUAGCUCCGUCCACCAUUACCUGCAUGACCUUGAGCAAGUUCACCCUGACUGCAAUAUGUGUAACAUGGGAACUGAUAGUACCUGCUGCUUAGGGGGAAAUGAAGUUUGAGGUGAGAAGCAUUUAACUUGGUGCUCCAUGAACUGUCUUAUUCCCUGGUCAAGAGGAGGAAACGGGGUCAGAGUGGUGGUGCAACUUGCAGGAAGACCUGCAAGCAGCCAAGGUCAGAGACAGAUCGGCUCCAAAUCUCCAACCGGUCUGUGUAUUCCUUAAGGGCACUACCUCUCCCUGCUUGCAACUGCAGCUGGUGUAAGACUAGCUCAGGGCCUGGAGUGGUGGUGUUGGUCCCAGUGCCUGGCACAUAACCGGCCCAAAAUAUAUUUUUAUUGAAUGAGUAAAGAAAAGCACCGAAUUACCAUUCCUGCCCUUGAGAUUCUCACCAGUGUGUUUUGGAAACCGAGACCAAGGCUUUUCAAAAUCCUUUUGUUCCCCCGGGGCCCCCUCACCCUAGUUUUCACUCUACCAGAACUUGUGAAUUAUUCCUAAGGUUGGACAAAGCCAUUUCCCCAAUAAGAACCAAGGCCAAGUGUGCGGACCUCAUCCAGAGAGGGUAUUUGGGGACUGGGAUGCCUACAGAUGACUUAAAGGGGAACUAGAGCAAGUCUGGGAGGGCUGAGCUCAUACAGAAAGGUGGCCUGGGGCAGUGUAGAAAUUCCAGUGCCCGCUUCUCAGUCUCUUAAUUGGAAGCAAGGCAACCAGAAAACAAAGAAGUCCUACAAGGAUGGAGGAGGUGUGGCAGAUGUGUGUGUCACCCAGAACCCCUCCUAGAAAGGACUUCCCCAGCUGUGGGAAGUAGGGUCAGCAGAGAGCCCCAGCUGUCGGCGCUCCGCCGGUCUGUCUGCCCCGGCUGCAGAGAGCCACUCAGCCAAGGCAGCUUGUGUCUGGUGUCAGAGCAGAAUCGGGUGUGACUGCCUGGCCAUCUCACUUCAGUGUGGGUCAGACACUGGCAGGCAGUACUUGCACCGCCCUCCCCCCAUCCUCACCCGGGGCCCCUCCAGGGUGAGGGGGGCUUUGCCAGGCCUGUGCCACUGAUUGACUUCCUAUACCCAGUCCUGCCUCCCCCUCCCUUUUCUCUUCGUAGGUGUUUAUCCCUAAUAAAUAUUUUGCACCCCAAA